AUGACUGAUCGGGAGCUGUCACCGGAAUCCGGCUCCGGUGGGCCAAGCCCACUUUCGGAACACCAUGAUGACCAGCAGUCCCCCGAGGACUCCUCGGUCAAGGCAGAGCAGGGUGACGAGAAUUCCACAGGGUCCAAUCAAACAGUACAGAUGCCCGUUCAAAAACGGCGACGUGUCACACGUGCCUGUGACGAGUGCCGGCGCAAGAAGAUCAAGUGUGAUGGCAAACAACCAUGCACACACUGCUCUGUGUACAGCUAUGAGUGUACUUAUGAUAAGCCUUCCAACCGGAGGCGGAACCCUGCUCCUCAGUACAUUGAGGCCCUCGAGAACAAACUGGCGCGCGCAGAGGCAUGCCUACGCAAAUUUGUCCCGGACGUCGACCUUAAUGACCCGAACCUGGAUCCCGCCGUCCAACAGGAGUUCCAAAAUCGAGAACGACAAAGGCUACACGCUGCAAAGACCCGACAGGAAAAUGCCAAGGAGGCGGAGAAGCAGACGGCCCAGAUCAUGUCCAUGAUCGAGACCUUGGGCCAGUUAGACCUUACAGAAGGCGGUGGAUGGGACUUCCGAGGCACCUCAUCUGGCGCUGUAUUCCUCAGGCGGAUGAAGGACCAUUUCAGGGGCUUACUCGGUUACGAUUACCAGACUACCUUCCUCCCACGACCGACCCAGGUCCCAGGCUUGCUGAAGCUGGACUCGCCGCAGUCGACCACGGCCUCCACUCCUAACGAUUCGAGGACUUCAAACGUUUACGAUUUACCGCCGAAAGAACGCGCUCGUCAAUUGAGCUAUUACACAUUCGAGACAGAAGACAACCGUUUUCUUGGUCUGCUCUACGCAGUGAUGGCCGUGGGUUGUAUGUACAAUAUUGCUGAAGAGGACGUCGACAAUCAGGUGAACUACAGCGAAGCAACAGAGGAAGGGAUGGGUUAUUACACGUCGGCGAGAAUCCUGCUGCAAGACAUUACAGAGUGUCGGGAUCUGACUUCGUUACAGUCCCUACUAUUCUUGAUUCUGUUCCUGCAGGCGACUUCGAAUCUAAGCGCGUGUUAUGCAUUCCUGGGCAUUGCUUUGCGUACUGCCCUCAGGAUGGGUCUGCACCGGCAUCUGCCCAAUGCCAACUUCACUCCCCUCGUAAGCGAGUCAAGGAGACGCAUUUUCUACUUUAUCCGACAGCUAGACAUAUACUGCUCAGCACUCCUCGGAUUCCCGAUCUUGCUUCACGAGGAGGAUAUCGACCAACAGCUCCCUUCAGAGAUUGACGACGAGUUUAUCACUGCGGAAAGCAUCUUGACGCCCCCUCCCGAAACGCCUGGGUCGUUCUUUCAAGCAUUUAAUGCGCAUUCGAGGCUUAUGGAAAUACUCAUGAAGGUCAUCAAAUACAUAUAUCCACUCAAGGGCAUUGAAGAUGCCGUUACGAGUUCGGACAAUGAAUCCAGCGCAACAUACAUGAUUGAAUAUCGACGCAUCAAGGAGAUCGAGGGUGACCUUCAAGUGUGGCAUGAACAACUCCCGCAAAGGUGGCGUCCUAGCGCCGAAGGGCCCAUUGAAGUAAUGCGAGUUCGAACUCUGUUGCGCUUUGCGUACGCCCACGUGCAAAUGAUGCUGUACAGACCAUUCCUACACUACAUCUCCCCGAGGCUGUCAGCCGGCAAAGUCGUCGAUGAGAGCUACUACGCCUGUGCGGCCGCUGGAAUCAGCGUUUGCCGCAAUAUUAUCCACAUAGCGAUGGAGAUAAAAAACCAAGCUCUUGUGGUCGGCCCCUUCUGGUCCAUGCUGUAUACUCAGUUCUUCGCUAUCCUGACGCUGGUUUUCUACACCCUCGAGAACCCAGAUAAGCAAGGCUCAGCAGAGAUAUUUUCUGAAGCAAAUGCUGGACGAGAGAUGAUCGCCAAAAUGGCCCUGAGAAGCCUGGCAGCGGACCGAAUCACGAAAUCUCUGGACACCUUAUGGGACAACCUUCCAGAAUCGGUGAAACAAGGCAAGCCUCGAGCACCUGUCCCGGCCAGCAGAGGCAGCGACACAAGGACAGGAGCCCCGUUAGCGUUUCGGUCUCCAAUGCAGGGUGGCCGCUCCUCCUCGCGAGGCUUCAGCGUGAAUGCUCCUGAACUUCAUGCUUUGGACGUGUCAGGAACAGGGGCAUCUGAUACCGGUGGAGAGACGCCCUCGUCGAGCCACCCAGGCGAAAGUCCCUACAUCCCCCAGCACCGCAACAGCACCAACCAGACAAUGAACCAGAGCCCGAACAGUUUAUAUAAAUUCGACGCGAUGAUGUUCACAUCGGGCGAUCCCUUUGCUUACCCAAAUCAACCUCUUGUCGAGGCACAGCCACAGCAGAUGCCGGUGCCUCCCCAAGCUGACUCGAGUAACUUCUUCAUGGCACCAGGUCUCUACGGUGGAAUAGAAGGGCAGUUGACGGGCCCUCUACCUCCGUACCUUAUGCAACACCCGGCCGGGCAGGCUGGUCUCGACCUAUCGACACAGAUGUACCAAUCACCCAGCUCGCUGGCUGCGCAGCAGUACCACGUGAGACAAGGGCACCACCACCAGCAACAACAACCACAGCCUCACCCCGGCGUGGGCAGGGAAAUGGACGAGAUGAUGACGGAAGCGGGUUUCAGCCGGAACUGGGACAUGUUCAACGGAAACUUCAAGCCGAUGUGA